UUUUCAAUAUUUCACCAUAUGGCCAACACCCAAAUCAACCAAAGUCUUGAUGAUGAUUCUCCUAUGGAAAAAAUAGAGAAUGAAUCUCAAGGUCUGCUUCUUUCUUCUUUGCCCAUAGAAAAAGGGUGGACUGGUCUUCCUCUUUAUCAAUAUCAAGGCUUUUGGUGUCAUGCCAAGGGAAUACAAGCAGCAAUAUCCUUCCGAAAGCACUUCCAUGCAUUAGACAGUGAUAUUAUAUUAGUUACCACACCAAAAUCAGGUACUACUUGGUUGAAGGCCUUGACUUUUGCUAUCCUUAAUCGUCGUCGAUACAUUUUUUCUCAAAACCCUUUGCUUACUGACAACCCUCAUGAUCUUGUUCCCUUUUUUGAAUUUAAGCUUUAUACAGACAACCAACUUCCCAAUUUAGCAGAUCUUCCUUCUCCAAGGCUUUUUGCCACUCAUAUUCCUUACCCAUGGCUCCCAGACUCCAUCAAGAACUCCAACUGCAAAAUUGUCCAUCUAUGUCGAAAUCCCAGAGACACCUUCGUCUCUUAUUGGCACUUCACCAAUAAGGCGAGACCUGAAUUUCUUGGCCCACUUUCACUAGAGAAAGGUUUUGAGAUGUUUUCUAAAGGAAUAACAGGGUUUGGACCCUUUUGGGAUCAUGCCCUGGGUUACUGGAAUGAGAACUUAGAAAGACCUCAAAAAGUGUUGUUUUUGAAGUACGAAGAAUUGAAGGAAGACAUCACUUAUCAGUUGAAGAGACUUGCAAAGUUCAUGGGAUGCCCUUUUUCCAUAGAAGAAGAGAGAGAUGGUGUAAUAGAUGAGAUAUCAAGAUUAUGUAGUUUCGAUUGUCUACGAAAUCUGGAUGUGAACAAGUCAUCAGCAAAAUCAAUUUCCUACUUCGAAAAUCAGACUUUAUUCAGGAAAGGUGAGGUGGGUGAUUGGGUGAAUUAUCUCACUACUCCAAUGGUAGAACGGUUAGACCAACUCAUGGAAGAAAAGCUAGGCGGUUCUGGCUUAACUUUUGAAGUGUAUCCACAACUUAGAAAAUAAAGCUUUAUUAGUAUGCAUGUUUUUUUGUAGUUA